GGGGCGCUAAUGUCCCUGGUUUUUCACACCAUAAACAUGCACAAUCUCUUCACUCUCCAACCGAGAAAUACUUCCACAAUGCCGCAGCACUGCAAACACGGGCCGUGACAACCGCUGAAAUUGGAAAGACUUGAACUAAGAAAACACGUUUUCAUUUUUCGAUCCGCGAAGCUGUAACUAAAACUCCGAUCAAAACAUGGAGCUGCCUUCCCAACGUCCUACCCAUCAGUGCUAACGUUAGCACUGCGAGCUAACAGCUGGUCAGGCUUUCAAAUAAAGAGGAAUUGAGUAUCGUUGUCAUCUAUCGUGUUGUGUUGAAACCUGUUACUGGUCGCACUGCAGAGAGCUUCGAUCAUUGGCAAAUAGGACAAGCAGUAAAUCUGUAAGGUAAACACGUCGCUUUCUCUUUAGCUUAGCAGCUGUUAUUGCCUGUAUAGCAGUGCCACCGUAAAGCUAGCUAGCUAACUAUCAUAAUAAUUGUUGAUGAAAGGGGUGGAGUGGUCAGUAGUAUUGCCACGCAGACUAGAAUCCCGUUGUGUCUGUUCCAGUUUACGAAGACGGUGUCAGACAAAAUGGUGUUAAGGAGUUGUUGGAAGUCUCGACAUAAAAACAGCUGUGGACCUGCUCCCCGUUGGAUCCGACCAGCCCUGCUCUGGUUGUGUGUGACCCAGUGUGUUUGCGGCAUUGGGGCGGUGGAAGACAGCAAAAAUGUGGUCCAGAAAGAUGCAGAGUUUGAUGUGACAUAUAAUGACUCUGUAACAAGUCAGAACCAGACCAUCUACGCUUUCAAUCACACUAUCUCCAGGAACAAGACUGAGGGAGUUCGCGUGACUGUGGACGUGUUGUCACGAGGUUCUGAUAGUCCAAUCUUGUUUGUGGUACGACAGAAGCAAGCUGUGCUGUCGUUUCAAAUCCCUCUCAUUUUAAGAGGCCUAUACCAAAGGAAGUACCCCUACAAUCAUGUGGGCCGGACAUUGUGCCAGCCUCCGACCCGGGCCGCAUCUGAGACCCAGUACUUCUUUGUGGAUGUGUCCACCCUGUCCAGCCAGGGUACAAACUACCAGCUCAGGGUCAGCCGUGUUGAAAGCUUCACCCUGCAGACGGACAAGAAAUUCAGCUUCACCGCGUCCCCCUCCCAACCUCAGUACUUCAAGUAUGUCUUCCCAGACGGGGUGGACACUGUGAUCGUCAAGGUCAACUCGGACAUGACCUUUCCCUGCUCCGUUAUGUCCAUCCAGGACAUCCAGUGUCCAGUCUAUGACCUUGACAACAAUGUGGCCUUCAUUGGGAUGUACCAAACUAUGACCAAAAAAGGGGCGAUAACAGUGCAGAGAAAAGAUUUCCCCAGCAACAGUUUCUAUGUGGUGGUAGUGGUAAAAACAGAGGAUGAGGCGUGUGGUGGUCCGCUGCGAUUCUACCCUCUCCGUCCUGAUGAGCUCAUCGACGCCGGAAACCGCAGCAAGCUCAUCGAUGUGGUCGUCACCCCUGCUAUCAACUCGGAGGUGUAUGUGAUGGGUAUGCUGUUCUGUCUGGGCAUCUUCCUCUCCUUCUAUCUGCUCACCUUGCUCAUGACCUGUCUGGAGAAUAAGCGAAUGAAGAAGAGAGAGGCAUUUCAGGUUCCUGACGACAUGUCGCCUGCUGAAACAGCCUCUCUGCUUGGGAAGAACGGAGAUGGCAAAACUCCAGCCUCACCAUAUGAAUACGGCUCCUUUGCGGACAACGGCAGCACUCUCAGUUCAGAGGCCAUCACUGACAGCGCCACAUCAACUGACAACAACUAUGGAUACAUAGGACAGGAGCCUUUCAAACGUCGCACAAUCGUCAGUCACCUUCACCACAUAGCCAUCCGCAUGGAGCGAACAAUGGACUGCGUUGGACGAAGCAGGCAUGAGUCUCUGAGCUCUGUGGAGGAGGACGACUAUGACACGCUGGACGACAUCAACUCAGAUAAAAACAUCGUCCGCACCAAGAAAUAUCUAUGCGUGUCUGACCUGUCCCGCAAAGACAAGAGGAUUCUGAGCAAGAAAUACCAAAUCUACUUCUGGAACAUUGCUACUAUUGCUGUUUUCUAUGCACUGCCAGUCGUCCAGCUGGUCAUUACCUACCAGACGGUGGUGAAUGUAACAGGAAACCAAGACAUCUGCUACUACAACUUCCUGUGUGCCCACCCUCUGGGAGCUCUGAGUGCAUUCAACAACAUCCUCAGUAACCUCGGUUACGUGCUGCUGGGAUUCCUCUUUCUUCUUAUCAUCCUCAAAAGAGAUAUCGCCCACAAUAGAGCCUUGUUCCGCAAGGAUUUGAACGCACUGGAAUGUGGUAUCCCAAAGCACUUUGGUCUGUAUUAUGCCAUGGGAACUGCUCUGAUGAUGGAGGGUUUGCUCAGCGCAUGCUACCACGUCUGUCCUAACUACACCAACUUCCAGUUUGACACCUCCUUCAUGUACAUGAUUGCUGGGCUGUGUGUGUUGAAGUUGUAUCAGAAGAGACACCCAGAUAUCAACGCGAGUGCUUACACUGCAUACGCCUGCCUGGCCGGGGUCAUCUUCUUCUCUGUGCUGGGAGUGGUAUUUGGGAAAGGAAACACGGUCUUCUGGAUAGUGUUCUCUGUGAUCCACAUUCUGGCCACUAUGCUCCUCAGCACACAGCUUUACUACAUGGGUCGAUGGAGGCUGGACUCUGGGAUCCUGCGCAGGAUUGUGUACAUUGUCUACACUGAUUGCAUCAGACAGUGCAGUGGACCCAUGUACAUUGACCGAAUGGUUCUGCUCGUACUGGGAAACAUAAUCAACUGGUCUCUAGCUGCUUUUGGCCUCAUCGAGAGACCUAAUGACUUUGCCUCCUACCUGUUGGCCAUCGCCAUCUGCAACCUGCUGCUCUACUUUGCUUUUUACAUCAUUAUGAAGUUACGGAGCGGUGAGAGGAUCCAGUGUCUGGCGUUGGUGUGUAUUCUGUUCACAGCCGUGGUGUGGGGCUUUGCGCUGUUCUUCUUCUUCCAGGGUCUCAGCACCUGGCAGAAAACUCCAGCAGAGUCUCGCGAACACAACCGGGACUGCAUCUUGCUUUCCUUCUUUGAUGACCACGACAUUUGGCACUUCCUCUCCUCCAUCGCCAUGUUCGGAUCCUUCCUGGUCCUUCUGACUAUGGACGACGACCUCGACACCGUCCAGAGAGACAAGAUCCUCGCCUUCUAGAUGUGUCAGAUCUUCUGAGAUGAGCUCAGCUCUUCCUCUCUGCCUUAUCGCCCUCGUCUCGCUCCGUUCUCAGCUUCUUCAUGUUCUUCAAAAAAAGCACAGCCAGUAGCCUGUUUUUCCGAGGCUGCAUGGCGGGCGCCUCUCUGCAUGCCGGCCACAGCCAAUCAGCCAGUCAGAGAGGGGGCAGUAGCUCCUCCCUCCCUCUGCUUGUAUGGACACUUUUGUGCCAAUAACAAGAAUGGGUCGACGUCAAGUGAUGCUGAAGUGUUUUGUCCUCUUGCUGCCAUCAUCAAUAUAACUGUUGUGAUCGGUGUUUACUUCCUGCUGUUGAUGAAAAUAACAUUGUAAACACUCGCUCAAAGAAACUAUCAGAUUUAACUGAUUUUAUACUGCAUUACAUUUGACUUACAUGUCACCAAUGCAUUUUGAAAUCAGUGUGUGUGUGUGUGUGUGUGUGUGUGUGUGUGUGUGUGUGUGUGUGUGUGUGUGUGUGUGUGUGUGUGUGUGUGUGUGUGUGUGUGUGUGUGUGUGUGUGUGUGUGUGUGUGUGUGUGUGUGUGUGUGUGUGUGUGUGUGUGUGGAAAAUGAGUCUGGUCUUGUCUGUCAGUGGCCUUUUAAUGUUCUAAUCAUGUAAGUCACAUACUGUGCUCUGAUUGGUCAGAUCCUCCAGCUAUUCGUCCUUCUCAUUGGAGAAUAUUAAUAUAAUGCUGAUGAUGAUGAUUGUAUUUACUUCUUGACUGCCCUCAAGUCUGGAUGCAAUGUUAUUUUUUACACGGCACUGUACGAUGAACGGAUUUUAAUGUCUAACAUUGCAAUGAGCGGUUACUGAAUAAAAGUCUCAUUUUCAGGAAA